UAGGCUAUGUCUUGGCUUCUCAACGACUUUGACACAACCCAGCUUGAUGGUUUACAGUUGCUUCUAAGUCUUCUGCCCAGUUCUAGUUAACCCUGUUAGAUUGUGAUGUGCCAUUGAGUUCUUGUGCCUGUAUCUGUAUUUGAAAUGCUUCAGUUAUAACCACGAGGUGUUCUGCCUUCCAGCCUGGGCAGGCAGCUUUGCAAUGUUGAUUUGAUUUGCAAUUUCUUCCACAGCUGGAUCCUGAUCAGGAUGCAGCCAGAAGGGGCUUGCAUAAUGCCCCAGAGAAGAUGGCAUACUCUUUAGUCUCUGUGCCUGAAGGAAAUGAUAUCUCUUCCAUCUUUGAGCUCGACCCCACUACUUUACGAGGGGGAGACAGCCUUGUCCCAAGGAACUCCUAUGUCAGACUUAGACACCUGUGUACAAAUACCUGGGUUCACAGCACCAAUAUCCCCAUUGAUAAAGAAGAAGAAAAACCUGUGAUGCUUAAAAUUGGCACCUCUCCAGUAAAAGAAGACAAAGAAGCUUUUGCUAUAGUACCAGUUUCUCCUGCAGAAGUUCGAGACUUGGAUUUUGCAAAUGACGCAAGCAAAGUAUUGGGUUCCAUUGCUGGCAAGUUGGAAAAGGGGACAAUAACCCAGAAUGAACGGAGGUCUGUUACAAAGUUGCUGGAAGAUUUGGUAUAUUUUGUUACCGGUGGAACAAAUUCUGGACAAGAUGUGCUUGAAGUCAUGUUCUCAAAGCCAAACAGAGAACGACAAAAGCUAAUGAGAGAGCAAAAUAUUUUGAAACAGAUAUUCAAGCUAUUACAAGCACCAUUUACUGACUGUGGAGAUGGACCCAUGCUGAGGCUAGAAGAACUUGGAGACCAACGCCACGCUCCUUUCAGACACAUAUGUCGGCUCUGCUACAGAGUUUUGAGACACUCCCAACAAGACUACAGGAAGAACCAGGAAUAUAUAGCCAAGCAGUUUGGCUUUAUGCAGAAGCAAAUUGGGUAUGAUGUCUUGGCAGAAGACACCAUAACAGCACUGCUCCAUAAUAACCGUAAGCUGUUGGAGAAGCACAUUACUGCUGCUGAGAUUGAUACCUUUGUUAGCCUUGUAAGGAAAAACAGAGAGCCGAGGUUCUUGGAUUACCUUUCAGAUCUUUGUGUGUCCAUGAACAAAUCUAUUCCAGUGACCCAGGAGCUGAUUUGUAAAGCUGUGUUAAACCCAGCAAAUGCAGACAUACUCAUUGAAACCAAACUGGUCCUGUCUCGGUUUGAAUUUGAAGAGCUGUCGUCUGGAGAGAAUUCAUUGGAGGUUGGUGAGGAUGAGGAAGAAGUCUGGUUAUUCUGGAGAGACAGCAACAAAGAGGUCCGCAGUAAGAGUAUCAGAGAGCUGGCUCAGGAUGCUAAAGAAGGGCAGAAGGAAGACCGGGAUGUGCUCAGCUACUACAGGUACCAGCUGAAUCUUUUUGCUAGGAUGUGCCUUGAUCGGCAGUACUUGGCUAUAAAUGAAAUAUCUGGCCAGCUAGAUGUAGAUCUCAUCCUUCGCUGCAUGUCCGAUGAAAAUUUGCCUUACGACUUGAGAGCGUCGUUCUGCCGGCUGAUGCUGCAUAUGCACGUUGACCGCGAUCCCCAAGAACAAGUGACACCAGUAAAAUAUGCCCGGUUGUGGUCAGAGAUACCUUCUGAAAUUGCAAUCGAUGACUAUGAUAGCAGUGGAACUUCCAAAGAUGAAAUCAAGGAGCGGUUUGCACAAACCAUGGACUUUGUUGAGGAAUAUUUAAGAGAUGUUGUCUGUCAGAGAUUCCCUUUCUCCGACAAAGAAAAAAAUAAACUCACCUUUGAGGUUGUAAACUUGGCCCGAAACCUGAUCUAUUUUGGCUUCUACAAUUUCUGUGACCUGCUCAGGCUAACAAAAAUCCUCCUAGCUAUUUUGGACUGUGUCCAUGUUGCUACGAUCUUUCCUAUCACAAAGGUUGCAAAAGGAGAAGAGAGUAAAGGGAGCAAUGUGAUGAGAUCUAUCCACGGUGUUGGGGAGCUGAUGACCCAAGUUGUGCUCAGGGGUGGAGGGUUCUUGCCCAUGACUCCUCUUGCUGCUGCCCCGGAAGGUAAUGUGAAACAGGUUGAACCUGAGAAAGAAGACAUCCUGGUAAUGGACACCAAGCUGAAAAUCAUUGAGAUACUUCAGUUCAUUUUGAAUGUGAGAUUGGAUUAUAGAAUCUCAUGCCUUCUAUGCAUAUUUAAACAUGAGUUUGAUGAAAGCAACGCGCAGACACCUGAUUCACCUACAGGAAGCAAUAACCAGGAAAUGCCAAAUGUACCAGGAGCUCUUGACUUUGAACACAUUGAAGAGCAAGCAGAAGGGAUAUUUGGAGGCAGUGAAGAGAAUACACCGCUAGAUUUGGAUGAUCAUGGUGGCAGAACUUUCCUUAGAGUAUUACUCCAUUUAACGAUGCACGACUACCCUCCUCUGGUGUCUGGAGCCCUUCAGCUACUCUUCAGGCACUUUAGUCAGAGGCAAGAAGUCCUUCAGGCCUUUAAACAGGUCCAACUGCUUGUCACCAGCCAAGAUGUGGACAACUACAAGCAGAUAAAACAAGAUUUGGAUCAGUUGAGAUCAAUUGUGGAAAAAUCUGAACUCUGGGUGUACAAAGGCCAGGGACCUGAUGAAACGAUGGAUGUAACGACAGGAGAGAAUGAACAUAAGAAAAAGGAGGAAGGCCACAGCAAAUCACGGAAACCAGAAAGCACUAGUAGCUAUAAUUACAGGGUGGUCAAAGAGAUUUUGCUUCGACUUAGCAAGCUUUGUGUACAAGAAAGCAUCUUGGUCAGGAAAAGCCGGAAGCAGCAACAGAGGUUGCUCCGAAACAUGGGCGCUCACACUGUAGUCCUGGAGCUCUUACAGAUCCCGUAUGAGAAAGCUGAAGAUACAAGGAUGCAGGAGAUCAUGAAGCUCGCCCAUGCGUUCCUGCAGAACUUCUGUGCUGGCAACCAACAGAACCAAGCAUUGCUGCACAAGCAUAUAAAUCUGUUCCUCAACCCUGGGAUCCUGGAGGCUGUAACGAUGCAACAUAUCUUCAUGAAUAACUUCCAGCUUUGCAGCGAGAUUAAUGAGCGGGUGGUUCAACAUUUUGUGCACUGUAUUGAAACUCAUGGACGGAAUGUCCAGUACAUUAAGUUCCUGCAGACAAUUGUUAAGGCCGAAGGAAAGUUCAUUAAGAAGUGCCAGGAUAUGGUCAUGGCUGAGCUUGUCAACGCGGGGGAAGAUGUCCUUGUUUUCUACAAUGACAGGGCCUCUUUUCAGACACUAGUGCAGAUGAUGAGAUCAGAACGGGACAGAAUGGAUGAAAACAGUGCUCUGAUGUAUCAUAUCCAUUUAGUUGAGCUGUUGGCUGUUUGCACUGAGGGCAAAAAUGUCUACACAGAAAUCAAGUGCAAUUCUCUCCUCCCUUUGGAUGACAUUGUUAGGGUGGUGACCCAUGAGGACUGCAUACCUGAGGUUAAAAUUGCCUAUAUAAAUUUCCUAAAUCAUUGCUAUGUAGACACAGAAGUUGAGAUGAAAGAGAUUUAUACAAGCAAUCACAUGUGGAAGCUCUUUGAGAAUUUCCUCGUUGACAUCUGUAGGACUUGCAACAACACCAGUGACAGGAAGCACGCCGAUUCUGUGUUAGAGAAGUAUGUGACUGAAAUAGUGAUGAGUAUAGUUACUACUUUCUUCAGUUCCCCAUUCUCAGAUCAAAGCACAACUCUGCAGACUCGCCAGCCUGUGUUUGUGCAGCUCUUGCAAGGUGUGUUCAGAGUGUAUCACUGCAACUGGCUCGUGCCCAGCCAAAAAGCAUCAGUGGAAAGCUGUAUCAGAGUACUUUCAGAUGUAGCAAAGAGCAGGGCAAUUGCCAUCCCGGUUGAUCUGGACAGCCAAGUAAACAACCUCUUCCUGAAAUCUCAUAACAUAGUACAAAAAACAGCAAUGAACUGGAGGAUGACAGCAAGAAAUGCUGCUCGGAGAGAUUCGGUGAUGGCUGCUUCUAGGGAUUACCGCAACAUCAUUGAGAGAUUGCAGGAUAUAGUGUCUGCUCUGGAAGAUCGCUUGCGCCCGCUUGUCCAGGCUGAGUUGUCUGUAUUGGUGGACGUCCUUCAUAGACCAGAACUGCUCUUCCCAGAGAAUACAGAUGCAAGAAGGAAAUGCGAAAGUGGAGGUUUCAUCUGCAAGUUAAUAAAACAUACUAAACAGCUGCUGGAGGAAAAUGAGGAGAAGCUUUGUAUUAAAGUAUUACAGACACUCAGGGAAAUGAUGACCAAAGAUAGAGGCUAUGGAGAGAAGUUGAUUGCACUUGGCGAAUUGGAUAAUGCUGAGCUGCCACAGUCACCAGAAAUGGAAAGCUCCAUAGAGGAGCUUGAUCAAAGUCUACCACAGAGACAGCUUGAAGAUCAUAAAAGGGGUGAGGCACUCAGACAGGUUUUGGUCAACCGUUACUAUGGCAACGUCAGAAGCACAGGAAGAAGAGAGAGCCUGACCAGCUUUGGCAAUGGCCCAUUGUCUCCUGGAGGCCCUGGCAAAGCUGGGGGAGGAGGAGGUGGGUCUGGUUCCAGCCCAGCAAACCGAAGUGAAAUGAGUUUGUCAGAAGUCCAGUGUCACCUGGAUAAGGAAGGUGCAUCCAAUCUGGUCAUAGAUCUCAUCAUGAAUGCCACCAGUGACAGAGUUUUUCAUGAAAGCAUCCUUCUGGCUAUUGCCCUGUUGGAAGGUGGAAACACUAUUAUACAGCACUCAUUCUUUUGCCGACUAACGGAAGAUAAAAAGUCGGAAAAGUUCUUCAAAGUUUUUUAUGACCGCAUGAAAGUGGCUCAGCAAGAGAUAAAGGCCACAGUCACAGUUAACACCAGUGAUUUAGGAAAUAAAAAGAAAGAUGAUGACUCGGACAGAGAUGUACCAGCCAGGAAAAGAGCUUUGAGAGAACCCAUGACCCAAAUAACAGAGGAGGUUCGAGAUCAGUUGGUUGAAGCCUCUGCUGCUACAAGGAAGGCAUACAACACUUACAGGAGGGAAGCUGAUCCCGACGACCAUUAUUCAGCUGCAGAUGGCGCACAGUCUGCAGCAGACAAAAACAAAGACGAACUGGAGAUGAGUCCUGUUAUCACAAUAAUGCAGCCCAUCUUGCGGUUUUUGCAGCUGCUGUGUGAAAACCACAACCGGGACCUGCAGAAUUUCCUGCGUUGUCAAAACAACAAGACAAAUUACAACUUAGUGUGUGAGACUCUGCAGUUUCUGGAUUGUAUCUGUGGAAGCACAACUGGAGGACUUGGACUUCUUGGGCUGUACAUUAAUGAGAAAAAUGUAGCAUUGAUCAACCAGACACUGGAAAGUUUGACUGAGUACUGCCAGGGACCAUGCCAUGAAAACCAGAACUGCAUCGCGACUCAUGAGUCCAAUGGUAUAGAUAUAAUUACAGCAUUAAUUCUCAAUGAUAUCAACCCUCUGGGAAAGAAGCGGAUGGAUCUAGUAUUAGAACUGAAGAACAAUGCCUCUAAGUUACUCUUGGCAAUAAUGGAAAGUAGGCACGACAGUGAGAAUGCAGAAAGGAUCCUGUAUAAUAUGAGACCCAAAGAACUGGUCGAAGUGAUUAAGAAGGCUUAUCUGCAAGGUGAAGUUGAGUUUGAGGAUGGAGAGAAUGGUGAAGAUCUUGCUGCAUCUCCUAGAAAUGUGGGGCAUAAUAUUUACAUAUUAGCCCAUCAGCUCGCUCGUCAUAACAAAGAGUUGCAGAACAUGUUGAAGCCUGGAGGUCAAAUUGAUGGAGAUGAAGCUUUGGAAUUCUAUGCUAAGCACACGGCUCAGAUUGAGAUUGUUCGAUCAGAUCGCACCAUGGAGCAAAUAGUUUUCCCUGUGCCCAGUAUAUGUGAGUUCCUCACCAAGGAAUCUAAACUACGGGUGUACUAUACGACCGAGAGGGAUGAGCAAGGCAGUAAGAUAAAUGACUUUUUCAUGAGAUCAGAAGACCUCUUCAAUGAAAUGAACUGGCAAAAGAAACUCAGAGCUCAACAUAUACUGUACUGGUGUUCACGCAACAUGUCCUUCUGGAGCAGUAUUUCCUUUAACCUUGCAGUCCUUAUGAAUCUUUUGGUAGCAUUUUUCUAUCCAUUUAAAGGAGUCAAAGGAGGUACGUUGGAGCCCCACUUGUCAGGCUUACUUUGGACAGCCAUGCUGAUAUCAUUUGCCAUAGUUGUUGCCUUACCUAAACCCCACGGCAUUAGAGCCUUAAUAGCUUCCACAAUACUGCGGCUAAUAUUUUCUGUAGGCUUGCAGCCAACAUUAUUUCUUCUGGGGGCUUUCAAUGUUUGUAACAAAAUAAUAUUUUUGAUGAGUUUUGUUGGUAACUGUGGAACAUUCACUCGAGGAUACAAAGCCAUGAUCUUGGAUGUGGAGUUCCUUUAUCAUCUACUAUAUCUUCUUAUUUGCGCAAUGGGGCUUUUCGUUCAUGAAUUUUUCUACAGCCUGCUGCUUUUUGACUUGGUGUACAGAGAAGAAACUUUGUUGAAUGUCAUUAAAAGUGUCACUCGCAAUGGACGCUCCAUCAUCCUGACUGCCGUUCUUGCUCUUAUCUUGGUUUACCUGUUCUCGAUAGUGGGCUACCUGUUCUUCAAGGAUGACUUUAUCUUGGAAGUAGAUAAGCUCCCUAAUGAAACGUUGUCGCCAGAUCAGCACACUGAAGCUGGUGAGGCAAUGACUGCAGAGUUCCUGUAUUCUAACGUAUGCAGAAUAGAGAGUGGGGAAAACUGCUCUUCUGUUGUUCCUUCGGCAGAGCUGUUUUCUGAAGAAGCUGAGGAAGAGGAUAAAGAACAUACGUGCGAGACAUUGCUGAUGUGCAUUGUUACUGUGCUUAGUCAUGGCCUGCGGAGUGGGGGUGGUGUUGGAGAUGUCCUCAGGAAACCUUCCAAGGAGGAGCCCCUUUUUGCUGCAAGAGUGAUCUAUGACCUCCUCUUCUUCUUCAUGGUGAUCAUUAUUGUCCUCAAUCUGAUUUUUGGUGUUAUCAUUGAUACCUUUGCUGAUCUAAGAAGUGAGAAACAAAAGAAAGAAGAAGUAUUAAAAACAACAUGCUUUAUUUGUGGUCUGGAGAGAGACAAGUUUGAUAAUAAGACGGUCACUUUUGAAGAGCAUAUUAAAGAGGAGCAUAAUAUGUGGCACUACUUGUUCUUCAUUGUCUUGGUCAAAGUAAAGGAUUCUACAGAGUAUACAGGACCUGAAAGCUACGUGGCUGAAAUGAUAAAGGAGAGGAACUUGGAUUGGUUCCCUCGGAUGCGUGCCAUGUCACUUGUGAGCAGUGAUUCUGAAGGAGAACAGAAUGAACUUAGAAACUUGCAAGAGAAGCUUGAAUCUACCAUGAAGCUGGUGUCCAAUCUUUCUAAUCAGCUAUCUGAGCUUAAAGAGCAGAUGACAGAGCAGAGGAAGCAAAAACAGCGUAUUGGUCUCCUAGGACAUCCUGCUUCUAUCAAUGUGAACCCACAGCAACCAGCAUAAAUCAGAUGGGUGGCUUGUCUGCCCACCCUAUUCCCCAUUUUCAUAACAGGAGUUGAGAUUCAACCCUUAAAGCUGUUUCUGUAUACCUAGUUCAUUGUGUGUAAAUAACCUUCUUUUUAUACUGUAUGUAUAGGGCUUCAUUGAGAAAAUAUGGGCACAUUAUUGGAAGGGGGGUUACAUUUGUGCCAAAAAAAUGCCUUUUAAAGGAAGAAGUGAAGGGCACACCUAACUUGCACUUGAAAAUGAUUAUUGAUUAAAAUAGUACGUGACCUGUAUUUUGUAUUUAAGACCUUCAGAUAGCUGGUAUUUAUGGGUUUUUUAUACAGUUGUGCAAUAUGAAUUAUGCAAUCACACUAUACUUGUUCUUUACUCCCGUGUGUCCUAAAGGGAGUGCACACAUCUUUGAAUCUGGUGUCAUCUUACAUCAUUUACUAAAUGGCAUCCAAUGACACAGUUAAGCUGAGAAACCGUGUUCCUGGUGAGGUUUUGUCCUCCAGGACAUUUUUGUAACACAUGGCAUUCUGAGAGAUUGACACAUCAUGACAAUGGUGCUUCCUCUUACCACCCCCACCUCCCAACAUUCCUCUAUUUUUGAUUUAAAUUAAAAUGAGCAAUGAGGUUUUAUUCAGAAUAGACCCAUUGAAAUGAAUAACCAUGGCAAAGUUAGGUGCAUUAUUUUUCAAGAGGUCUGCUUUGAGUAAAACUAUGAAUACCACCCAAAGUUCAUAAAUGUUACUUUCAGGAUUCCAGAACCCACCACAGUGCAAAGCUGCAUCUUAGCGGACUGAUCCCUAAAUCUCAAGAGGUGUGGAAGAGGCUAAAGCAUUCAUUUAUGAAGAAAUCUGAAGUACUGAAAUAAACCGUUUUCUUUAUGGAAAAAUUAAAACUAGGAGGAUUUGACACUGCUGCAGAUCAUUGUAAUCUUCUAAGAGAUUUUUUCCCCCUGUGUGUGCGUGUGCCAUAUUGAUUUAGAGGAUCCUAGAAGGGUUUGCAGGCUACCACCUCAUUCGAGCAUCUGCACUUUGUAACUCAGACAGAAGUACGUUCCCCUCAUGCAUUAAACCAAUUAAAAUAUUAAAUAUCCCCUUUGGGACUCCUAGCUGAGCACUGAUUUUGUAAUACUUGAGAAAGAGCCACUGGUUUGAGAUUGUAUUUUAGUUUCCAUUACAUCUGGGUCACGUUUUUAUUGCUCACGACAGCUGAGAAGUAUGGGGGGAAACCUGUUGUCUAGUUUUGUACAUGGUCAUUUUACAGAAGCUAAUUCUCUGCUAUAAGAAAGUGGAGAUGAAGAAUGCUUAUUAAAGUUUGUAAAUGCAUAAAUAUAGAUAUUUAAAUAAAAUAUAUAAUAAUAAUGUAUAGUA